UUAUGAAAAAAUUUUUUAAACGUGUUAUUAAAAGGAAAGAAGCUUGUAAAGAUUCUAAAAAUAAAAUUAAAGAUGAAAUCAAGGAUGAUGAUGAUAAUAACAAAAAAUCACGAAAAACGUUUUGGAAAAGAAUGUUAAAAUCGAAAAACAAAAGGAAAUUACGAAAAGAAAAUAUCUUGUUACAAAAUUCUCCAACAAUAUUAUUAAUACCAAUUGAUAUUUUACAUGAAAUAUUUUAUUAUCUUCAAAAUGAUCUUCAUUCUUUACAUUCGUGUUUACGAGUUUCCAAACAAUGGUGUCAAGCGAUAAUUCCAAUAUUUUGGAGUAAACCAUUUCGUGAAAAUAAAAGUUCCGUUAAUGUGGUUAAUACAUUUUUAAAAUGUUUAAAUAAACAAGAAAAAAAUAAUUUAACAUACAAUCUUGGUAAUCUUGACGAUGGUGAUGGUGAUGGUAAUAAUCUCGAUAUCGAUAUUCUUGACGAUCGUAGUACAGUAUUAUUUCAAUAUGCGAAUUUUUUAAGAGAAAUCACAUUAUGUCGUCUUUUCCUAACAAAUAGUAAAUCACUUCGUUCAUUAUCACUUGAUUUUUAUAAUUCAUCCAAAUUUAAAUCAUAUCCAUACUUUCCAUAUCACAAAAUGGCCAAACAAUUCUUAACGAAUCUUUGUGAAUUGACAAUUCAUUAUCAUUUAUCUCGUCGUGAUUUAUUUAUGGAUUUUCAAGAAUAUUGUAAAAAUUUAAAAAGACUUGAAUUAAUUGAUUACACUUGGAAGAAUUUACCCGAGAAACGACAUGAUUCAGUUAGAAAAUUAAUACAAAAUCAAAAUGGAUUACAAUAUUUAAAAAUUUAUGGAUACGGAGAAUGUUGUAUAGUGAAACCGAUGAUAGGAUUAAGUUAUCAAUCAAAAUCUUUAGUUCAUUUUGAAUUAAUUUAUUAUAAUUUGGUUUCAUUAAAAUUAGUUGGACCUUAUGGACAUGAGAGAGAAUUUAAAGAAUUUUUACCACAAUUAAGUAGUUUACUCCCUUUAACGUUGAGGAAUUUAAGUUUGGACUUAAGUUGGGUGAUUUUUGAUAAUUUAGAUGAAUUCUUGAAGAAUUGUAAGCCACCAUUAAAUAGUUUUUAUAUUGGAGGAUGGAAAAGGCAAAUGCCGAUUAAUCAUUUAUUAAUAAUUAAGAAAUAUUUGAAAGAGAAAAGGAAAGGAAUUGAAUUUUAUGAAUUUGUUAAAGAUAUCACAUAA